CAUAGAAGAGGAGUCUUUACUGUAAGAGCAGUGAGACUAUGGAGCUCUUUGCCAGAGGAAGGAGUCAUGGGGGAUUCUCUAGAAGAGUCCAGAAGGGGCCUGGAGGUCUGGAGGGAUUACACCAUCGUGACGAGGACAUCGAGGUUGACUCCCAUCAUCGAUGAGUCAGGAGGGUGGAGCAGUACCCCCAUCACAGAGCCUCCCCACCUGAUACAUGAGCAGAAGAUCCUAGAACUCACCCACAAGAUGCUUGAGCUGCUGACUAGAGAGGUUCCUGUAAGGUGUCAGGAUGUGGCGGUCUAUUUCUCCAUGGAGGAGUGGGAGUAUGUAGAAGGACACAAGGAUCUGUACAAGGAGGCCAUGAUGGAGGCUCCCCGGCCUCUGACAUCACCAGAAAAUCCCAGUAAGAACUCUGAGGGAAACUUCAGGUUAUCACUAAAUUAUAAAGGAGAAGAUGAAGAUAUCGGGCAGUGCUCUUCAGGAGAAAACCUCAUUACCUGUAAUGUCCAUCCAGGACUUCACAGACCAGAUCUGUCAUAUAAUGCUCCUAAUCAUAAGGAACCUUCUCCUGACCAAUCACAGAUUGUUAUCACAAGUACCGGGCCGAAAGAGGCUACAAGUUUUCAGUGUGAGAAAUGUGGAAAAAAGUUUACAAACAUCUCAGGUCUAAAUGGACACAAAAGAAGUCACGCAGUAGCGACGUCGUAUUCAUGUUCAGAAUGCGGCAAAUGUUUUCCAAUAAAGUCACGACUUGUUAGUCAUCAGAGAAUUCACACAGGGGAGAAACCAUUUUCAUGUUCCGAAUGUGGGAAAUAUUUUAGAAAUCAAUCAAAUCUUACUAAACAUAAGAUAGUUCACCCAGGAGAGAUGCCGUAUUCAUGUUCAGAAUGUGGGAAAGGUUUUAUAUAUAAAUCACAGCUUGCUGAUCAUGAGAGAUGUCACACAGGAGAGAAGCCGUAUUUAUGUUCAGAAUGUGGGAAAUGUUAUACAUAUAAAUCACAGCUUACUGGUCAUGAGAAAAGGCACAAAGGAGUGAAGCCGUAUUUAUGUUCACAAUGUGGGAAAUGUUUUCUAUAUAAAUCAAUGCUUGUUGAACAUGAGAGAAUUCACACAGGAGAGAUGCCGUUUUCAUGUGCAGAAUGUGGGAAAUGUUUUCUUUAUAAAGGGACCCUCAAAAUGCAUCAGAUAUGUCACGCAUAAGAAAAAACAUUUAUAUUCUCCAAAUAUGGUGACUGUUUUACAAAAAAGUCAGGUCUUGUUUCACAUGAGAGUUCCCACAGGAGAGAAGCCAUUUUGAUUUUCUUCAUGUGAAAAAUAAAAACAGAAUUUGAAACUCAUCAGAGAAUUCACACAUAGAAGGAACUAAAUUCUUGUUUGGAAUGUGGGAAGUGUUUCCAUGCAUUAAACAGCCUAUAUGAGAGUAUAUUUUUCUGUGGAAUUACCCUGGGUCUGCCAAAGAGCCAAAUUAUAUUUCUCUGAGGUCAACAGUGACCAGGAUCCAUGGAGGAAAAGUAUUGUGGAUAUGAGGAAAAAGAAGAAGAGCGUUGUUUACUGUCAGAGCAGAUCAAGAUGAUUGACCCCAUGGACCUUGCUUCUUACUGUAUUCAUACCUCCGCCAGCACUGCAGGAGAAUCCAGAGGGACACAGUGAGAAACGGAAGGACACCUCCUGUAGACUUUUAUGUGAUGGGGGAAAAAUAACAAAUUGAGUUGACAAUAAUUUGUUAAAAAACCAGAUCUUCUAUUUCCUUCCAUUUCCUUCUCUUUGCCUCAUUCACACUUGUGUAUUCUGGUCAGUAUCGUACACCAGUAUUUGUAGGAUAAAACUAGGAGUAGCUCCCGAACAUGGAAGACUUUCCAUUAUACUUUUCUCUGUUUUAUUCCGUUCCCUGUUACGGCUUACAGAUACUGAUACAAAAUACCGACCAAAAUACAAAAGUGUGAAUGAGGCCUCACUGUCUAUUGGUCUCUUCCAAUGGAGCUUUUAUUGCCUACUCUCCCAUAGAGAUCAUGCACAGCCAGUUAUACAUCUCAUAUCUUCCUUGGCGGUCUGUGGAGGUCUUCAUUCAUCUAGGUCAGAUUUAUGAUAUAUCAGUAGUAAUAAAUCAGAGCAA